GUUGCUACUUUCAUCCUUCAGAAGAUCCUUCUGGACGACACGGGGCUGGCAUACAUUUGUCAAACAUACGAGCGCUUCUCUCACGUCGCCAUGAUUCUAGGUAAAAUGGUCCUCCAGCUUUCCAAAGAGCCGUCUGCCCGCCUGCUAAAGCACGUCGUACGAUGUUACCUGCGGCUGUCUGACAACUCCAGAGCCAGAGAAGCUCUGCGGCAGUGUCUGCCCGACCAGCUCAAAGACACCACCUUCGCCCAGGUGCUGAAGGACGACACCACCACCAAACGCUGGCUGGCCCAGCUGGUGAAGAACCUGCAGGAGGGCCAGGUCACCGACCCCCGAGGGAUCCCACUGCCCCAGCAGUGACCACCAGCUCCCCCCGAGCUCCUGCUCCGAAACACCAGCAAGAAGACUGCCGAACCUCGAGCCUUUAACUGGAGCGUUCAGCUGCCUCGCCUCCUGGUCCUGGUCCUGGUCCUGGUCCAGGUCCAGAGUCUGUACAAUGACUCAUAACAGCAUCAGCACAUUUGUUUCGGCUGAUGUAACACUGCCAUGUUAGCUGAACUGAGACCCGUCUGCUAAUAAACUGGGAUGAAGGCGGAGCCGUGUGGCUGAAGAGUGCCGACAGCUACUGUUGCACAAACAGCCGAAUAAUUUCUUCCACAGRAACUAAUGAAGAUGUUUGAUUCUGUCCGACUCCAGUCUGUGUGGACAUCAGUUAGAAAGUUACUUCUCUCAUGUGACGGACAACUUCACCAACUGUGCAUCAAAGAUUGUGGGACUUUUAAAAAUGAUCUAAAAUUAAAAGUUUUUCUUUCUUUUAUUUGUUUUUUGAUUAUUACCUCAGCAGACAUUCAGCUUUUUUAACUUCAUAUAAUAAAAUCUGCUGCUUGUU